GGCUGUAGAUCUACAGCCGUGGUAACUAGUAAGUUGACAUAUACACCUACACUGAUUACUGAGUUCUUCUAAAUUCUGAUAAAUGAUAAUUCGGUUCGGAUCAAAUGUGUUCUAUGUUAAAACAUGUUCGUUUUUAAAAUUAUAUACGAUUGUAUUUUUCUUAUUCUCUUAAGUCACAUUUUAUUUAAUACUGAUUAAAUAUUUUACCAACAUCUUCCAAAUAUGUCGCGUAAGAAUGAUUUGUCUCGAGAUUCUAUUGAUUAUCUGUCACGUGAAUUAGAUUCAUUUCUGUCGUCCGAAUUGCUAGAAAUUUCAUUUCCUACUACGUUAACAUCAGAAGAACGUAAAUAUUUACAUUUAAAAUGUGCUGAGUUGGGAAUAAAAUCAAAAAGUCAUGGGCAAGGGCCUCUCCGUUACAUAACUAUUUAUAAAAAGAAAACCAAAAAUAAAUUUAAAAAAAAAAAUAAAAAAUUGAGUAUAAUUGAUAAUGCUGCAAGUGUAGAAAUCUCUUCAAUUUCUCAAGAAAUAAUUACAAAAACCUGUGAUAAUAUUCCUAUUACUAAACAAAUGUAUGAAGAAUUAUUGCCAAACCCAAUGAAACAGUUCCAAAGAAUGGCUGUGGCUAAUUGUAAAAGAAAUCUUCCAUUAAUGUGUAAUAAAUCCAUGUCUAUACCACGUCUUGCUACUAAUGAAAAUUUACUAUUAAUAAGAAAAUCUCUACCUAUAUGGGAUAAACGUGGAGAAAUAAUUCAAGCAAUUGAAAACCACCCAGUAGUAAUUAUUACAGCAGAAACAGGAUCUGGAAAAACAACUCAGAUACCACAGUUUAUUAUAGACAAUAAUGCCAUGAAGAACAGACCUUGUCGUGUUGUAUGUUGUCAGCCUAGAAGAAUUGCUGCAAUAUCAAUGGCAGAUAGGGUAUCUAAUGAGCGAGGUGAAAAUAUUGGAAUGAGCAUCGGUUAUCAAGUUCGACUUGAAAGCUGCGUUAGCCACGAUGCAACAAUAAUUUAUUGUACAACUGGUGUUUUGACAAGAACACUUAUGGAUCGACAUCAGAAAGAUAACGAACCUGUCAAAGGAAUGUUACUGAAUGUUUCUCAUAUAAUAGUAGAUGAAGUCCAUGAACGUGAUAAGCAUGUAGACUUUCUACUUAUUGCCUUGCGAAUGAUUUUGCCCAAAAAUCCACACUUAAAGCUUAUUCUUAUGUCUGCAACAGCUGAUAUAAAUUUAUUUUCAUCUUACUUCGACAACUGCCCUGUUUUAAAAGUUGAAGGGAAAAUGUUUCCAGUAACAGAAUAUUUUUUAGAAGACAUUCUAGAUGAUAUGAACUACGAAUCUCAGUCAAUGUUAAGAAUAAAAAAUAGAACAAAAAUUGACUACUGGGAUAACAACAUAGUACUAAGAGAAACAACAGAAGCCAUUCAAAACAUGCACCUUACAGAACCGGUAACUACUUUGAGAUCUGAUCAAGAAUGGUUAAAGCCAGAAUUAGAUGAUUGUAUGCAUCAAAUUUGGUUCAAUGCGGAAAUUGAACAAAUUGAUAGAAUGAUUUAUUAUAUAAUGUCUGAAGGAGUACCUGUGGAUUAUCAACAUUCUGAUACGGGUGUGACAUUGUUAAUGUUAGUUGCUGUUCAUGGUCUUAAUGAUUAUGUCAUUAUGCUUUUAAACAUGGGAGCUAGUCCGGUUAUACAAACUAGAGUACUUAAUAAAGAUGCAGCAACUUGGGCGGCUGACUUUAAACAAUACGAAACUAGGGAUUUAAUUCUCAACUAUAAAGGAGCUAUUUCACCCAAAGAGCAAAAUGAAGCACACAAAGAAUUAGAUAUGAUGGAAAGAUUAGAGUUGUAUAAAAAAAGCUUGCCACCAAGUAUCCACAUUGAUUCUUAUUUAAUAGCCCAUCUUGUUAAACAUAUAAUUUUAACAAAAAAACCAGGUUCUAUAUUAGUGUUUUUACCAGGGUUUGAAGAUAUGUCGAUGGUUAACAAAGUUAUAACGGAAGAACUUAUUGCUAAAGACGAUUUUAAAAUAAAAAUGUAUAUGUUACACUCUAUGAUGCAGACAUCCGAUCAACAAAGAGUUUUUUUACCAGUGCCGAAAGGAUAUCGAAAAGUCAUAUUGGCUACAAAUAUUGUUGAAACUAGUGUUACUAUUAAUGACAUUGUUUUUGUUAUUGAUUCAGGCAGAGUAAAACAAAAAGGUUAUAAUGCUUUUAAUGGAAUUAGUUGCAUGAAUGUAAAUUGGAUAUCACAAAGUUGUGCUAAGCAGAGAGCUGGACGCGCUGGAAGAUUAUGUCCAGGUGAAUGCUACCGUCUAUAUUCUCGAGAAAAUUAUAGUUAUAUGGGAACUCAUGAUGUACCUGAAAUUCUUAGGAUGCCUUUACAAGAAUUGUGUAUGUUGGCUAAAGUGAUCUCUAGUAAUAUGAGAAUAUUGGAUUUCUUAGCAUUAGCUAUACAACCACCUCCGACAUUAUCUAUAGUGGCAGCUCUAGAAUAUUUAAAAACAAUUGAAGCAAUGGAUAUUAAUGAAGAUUUAACAGCUCUUGGAUUUUUCAUGUUGGAUUUGUCAAUAGAGCCGCAUUAUGCCAAGUCUUUGGUUUUUGCAGUAUUUUUAAAGUGUCUUGAUCCAGUAUUAACUAUAAUUAGCUGUUUAGCUAAUAGAGAACCUUUUAACCUGACUCUUAACGUUAACAUGAAAACUUCACUUGGGUCAAUACGUAAAAAACUUGCUGGUAGUACAUUAAGCGAUCAUAUUAUUCUCUUACGCCUUUAUCAGGCAUUUAAUGAAAGAAGUAAAGUUGGCAGUGAGUUAAACAAUCUUGUAUCUCAAUCUGUAAUGGGUUUAAUUACACAGACUAGAACUCAAUUACUUGGCCAACUAAGGGCAUUAGAACUUAUUCAAAUGCGCCCUGGACCAAACGAUAUACGAGAUGUUAAUUCAAACUCAAAUAAUUGGGCAGCAGUUAAAGCUUGUUUAUUAGCCGGAUUAUAUCCAAAUUUGGCCAAACUAGAUAAGUCUAGUCCAAGACCAAUUUUAAAAACUAAAACGGAAAAGAGUGUGGUUUAUCAUGGAUCUAGUAUUUUACGCGAAAAUUAUUCUAAAGAUUUACCUUCUGAAUGGAUAAUUUUUGAAGAAAUGUGUUCAUUCAGCACAAAAAAAUGUAUAAAAAAUUGUACAGUAGUAUCACCAAUGGCUGUUGCUUUGUUUGCAAAUGCAAUGAAAAUUCCCCAUGAUUCUGUAAAAAACAUUGAAGAUUUAGAUGAUAGUGAUUGGGAUACUAAUGAUGAAACGAGUUUGCCAAUAGAACAGUCUGGAGUAUUAAACUUGGAUGGCUGGACUACGUUUGUAGGGAAUCCUGAUGAUAUAACUAAAAUUUUGAACAUUCGUUUAUGCCUUACGUUAGCAUAUCGAGAAUUCCUGAAAAAUAAAAUGAUAACUAUUAACAGUUCCUAUAGUAAUGUUGUUCAGUCGGUAGUAAAGAUCUUAGCUGCCGAGGAUCAAGCUGUGGGCCUUGAAGCUCCUGACGAUGUUGGUAAGAGGCCCAGAGAAAAUAGUAACAAAGGUCGUCAUGGUAGACAUAACGACAAUUCCUCAUUUACCUCUUUUCGUAAGCUUCAACCUCAAAAUCAAUAUUCUCAUGGUAAAGGUUAUCCGGACAACAGCUCAUACUUAACUGGUGGAAACAAUUGCACCAUGAAUGGAAGUAGAGGUUCCAGUUACAGAAACCAAAAUAAUUACUCGCUGCCAAGUACAUCUCAGUCGAGUAAUAAUUUUAAAUGGUAAUAACAUUGUUUUAUUUAAGUUAAUAGAAAACAGUAUUUAAACAUUUUAUAACAUACAGGAUGAAUGUUUUUACUAUUUUUUGUUUUUAUUUUGUUUUACUUUUAUUGUUAUUUUGUUUACUAAAGUAAAUAAGUGACUGUUAUUUAGGUAUUUAUUGCAACAAAAUGUUAAAUGUUUUUCUAUUUUAUUAAAAAAUAAGUUGUUCCAACAAAUGAUAAUUAUGUUCCAGAAAUCUCUGCUAAUAAAUUAAAGAACAGU